GAAAGCCUCGGUGUCGAGUUGCAUUUUGGACGUGGAUGAAAAUGACCACUCGAAAACCAAGAACUUCUACCGCCAGCUGCAGCGAAAUUAGGAGAUAAGUCAUACUCUCCGGAUUCAUACAAGUAUGGAUGGCAAGUUCCCUCUAUGGAAUGCCCAGUGCAGACAUAAUGAUGAAGUGUCCUAUAAUACAUCACAGGAAUGCCAAGGAUUGGAUAAUACUAAUAAUAUUCCUGCAAAUAAUGGAGAAGUAACAGUGGCUGGGAAUUAUAGGGAAAGCAUGUUUCCUCAUACUCUAUGGCCAGAAAGACAUCAGAACAAGGAGGCAGAUCUGAUAAGAGGCAUGCUGUCUGUUGAAGCUGAAUCAUCCUCCACACACAGUGACUUCUCUUCUGAUUGUUUGGGAAUUCUGCCAGGAACAGCAGCUGAUUCUGGGAAAUAUUUGUAUUUCCCAGUUAAUCAGUGUUCUAUUAGGUCCAAUAUUGGAGAAGUGGCAGAGAGUUAUGGAGAAACGGCAGCAACAGAGAGGAGAGGGAGAUGUAUCUUAAUCAAUAAUGGUUUACCUGCUGGAUCAAUCAGUGAUGUACAUAUAUCAGCUCAAGUAAACAACCAGGAUCUGAAAGGGGGCAGUUCUUCCCACUGGACAUCUGUUAUCAAAGAAGCUUUAGAAAUGAGCAAUGGUAUGGAACUGGAGCAAGAUCUAUCAGUGGACAUGUGCGGAACUGCACUAAUGUAUGAGGAACUAGAGACAAGAGUAUUGGAUCCAGUGAAGGACCACUUUCAUUCUAUAGAUUACAUGUCCAGUUUUCAAGAGAGGGAUAAGAGAACAGGAUUUAACAGGGAUUGCAAUUCAUCUGUUAGUGUUUUAUCAGAUGGUACAAAUAUGUCACCUGUUAAAUCAAAUCAGGAUGUCCGACAGAGGAGAAUAAUUCAGGAGCUGUUCUCGACCGAUGGCUCAUCUUUGAAUGACAGGAGUAUUAAAGGGACUGAAUGUAGCACACUUGAGAAAUGCCCAUUACUGGGAUUCCAGAAUGCCACAGAGGUUUGCUCUCUGGAACAGCCUACAGCUAUGGGGGUUUGCCCUCUGGAACAGCCUACAGCUAUGGGGGUUUGCCCUCUGGAACCGCCUACAGCUACGGGGCUUUGCGCUCUGGAACCGCCUGCAACUACGGGGGUUUGCGCUCUGGAACCGCCUGCAGCUACGGGGGUUUGCGCUCUGGAACCGCCUGCAGCUACGGGGGUUUGCGCUCUGGAACCGCCUGCAGCUACGGGGGUUUGCGCUCUGGAACCGCCUGCAGCUACGGGGGUUUGCGCUCUGGAACCGCCUGCAGCUACGGGGGUUUGCGCUCUGGAAAAGACAGAAGUUUCUUCUCUUACUAAGAAACCUUGCGUUUCAGAGAGGUUAGGUGUGAUGAGAUUUAACAUGGAGGAGCAGUCUAAAAAUCUACAUGAACUUGCAUCUGAGGCUCCUUCUCUCCUUUCGGAGAGUAGUGGGAAUGAAAAUCGCACACUUCCAUCAGCUGCUACAGUACUGGUGCUAACUGCUGAACAUGGCUCUUACAACAUUGGACAUGCUCAGUCUUGUAAAGGUGACAGCACUGGAAAAUGUGCAAUCAGUCAUACUGAGUUUUCUGAAGAGAAGGUCUCUAAAGGUGACAAUGCAACAGUUCCUACACAUUUUGGUAUACCUGAUGAAAAUGUAAAGGUCCAAGUUGCCCAAAUAACAAAACUUGAAUGUGAUAGCCAGAAUCUAAUGUAUAACAUUGAUCAAAUGGGACAACAUGGUUGUACUCAGUCAGAAAUUAACAUAAACCUUAACAAUACAGAACUGCAAAAUGAGAAGCCAGCUUUGCCACUGAUACAUGUGGAAGAAAACCGGUACUCAAACAUAACAGAUGAAACGAAUAUAAGCAAUUACCAACACUGUCCUUCAAAAACUAAAGUUCAUAAUGAGAAGGUUGGUGCCCUUUGGCCAUGUGUCUUCAACAGUAAUUCUGCUGAACCAAAUUGUGUAUGUUCAUCUACCUCUGUCAGUAAACUUCAGGACCUUGUACGUAACCUAUGCAAGAUAAUUACUCCUACCACUGCACUCAAAUUUACAGAGCCCUAUCACACUCGUACAGACAGUACAAAUGAGGUCAAAACUGAGAAAAAUGGUUCCAAUCUACCUCCUGCAAAAGAGGUAUAUCUAAGUUACCUGUCAAAUGCUGAAUCCAGACUAGCAAAAGAAUCAGUAUUCACCACUGAAGCGUUCUCUGCUGUUCACGGAUCUCACAAGGUGAAAAAAAAGAAGCCAGUCAAAAGGAAAACAGGUGAUUUAUAUGCUCACGGUAAAAAAAAAGAUAACGGCUGUGGUGCAAAGCAACCUCACAAUGUGGAAACUCAGGAACCUUCUCUGCCUUCUCUAUGUGUCUUAACAGUUGACUUGAAACACUCCGAUGAAGCACAGGACACACUGGAAACCAGAAAUACUGCAAAGUUGUCUUUAAGCACACCAAAUAAACAAGACUUUGCAGCAUGCCAAAUUACAGAAGAUUCAGCAAAAAUAUUCAAAAUACUUAGAUGUCCAAGGAAAACAUUGGUCUCCAGCAAUAUACCAGAAUUUCCCGAACCGUAUGCUUUUGAAAAUGUACAGGAGGCUUCACCCACAUCUGGCUCUGAAAAUGUCUUUUCCCCUCAAAACCCACAAAAUGCUCUAAAAAGGCAGAAAAUGCCAAGAAAAAGAAACACAAUAAGGUGUGAGACAUUAGCUGGUCAGGGCCAAAAAAUAGGUGAACUGACUUCUGACUCUGAGGCAUUGACCUGUGACGGCACUGAAAUGCAGUUCACCCAUAAAAGUGGUGAUCUCCAUCCCAAGAGGAACUUUGAGCUCUUGUCAAUAAAAAAAGAUGAGACUGAAUAUGAGAGGGUCAGCUUCACUACUGAUGUCCCACAGAGCACAAAGAGAAAGCAAAGGAUACCAAAGAAAAUUAAAAUACUGCCGGAGGAAAAUAAUAAAAUCCUGGUCACGUCUUACAGUUCAUCAGUUGGAGGAUGUGAGUCACCAACCAAAAAGUUACACCUGCAAGAGGAGACAUUAUUUAGCCCAUCUAAGAAGACAGAGAUACAAAACACAAUACCAAAAACAAAACUCUGCAAUGCUGUUGCUUUUAUUAAACAAGAGCCGAUUAAUAUGAAGGAUAAUAAUGAAAUGCCAAGUCACAUCAGUUGUAAAACACCUCCAUAUAAUGCUGUUCCUGAUAGUGAGGAUAAGGAAAGCUUGCUGACUAAGAGGCAAAGGAGCAAGAGGGCACUGAGAAUUGAUGGCAUGCUUACCCUUACUCAGAAUCAUUCCCCAUAUGAAGAUUCAUCACCACAUACAGACAGUACUUCAAUAAUGGGAAGUAAUAGAAGUACCAACAUUAAAAAGACAAAAAAAAUUGCCAAAAAAAGGAAACAGGAAACUAGGAAUGCUGCAACAGUUGAACACCACGCUGUUGAUUGUAGUGCUUCUCAUAGCCAGUUGCAGUCUUCAGCUGUUACCCCAGUGCCUCAGACUAGGAUCACUGGUAUAGUUAGUUCAAAAGUCAUUCCAAAGAAGCCAAGAAAAAAGAGUGCUUCUGAAGUCAAAAAUAACAGCGCACAAACACCCACAACCUGCCAAGCUGUGUCCCAGCAAGAAAAUUCCAUUCUUCCAUUAGUUUUAGAGACUUUGGAAAGUAGAGUAACUUUCAGAGCGGAGAGUUCAGUAAAAGCAAAAAGACGAUUAAAAAAAUCCUGUAAAAAGGAAAGAAAUACUGACAUAACUAAUCAUUUGACAGAGGGUCCUGCCUUCUGUGAAGCAUCUGAUUCGGCAGAUUCCCUUUCAGUGUCUGAGAUUAGUUGUUUAAAUUUGGGCACACAGAACACCAAGAAAUCUAAGAAAAGGAGCUCAAAACUGCAAAAUGAAACAGAAAAGUUGUUUGCAUCAAGCAAUUCUUUAUUGGAGCAAAGUAACCCAGCUCCCUAUUUCAAAAGCCAGAGCUCAAUGAAGUUUAUCAAAUCAUGCUCCAACAAAAAUGUUGAAUGUGUCAAGUCAGAAAGUAAUGUUAAAACUCCUACAACCCCACAGGAAACCAUGGAUUCAGAGAAUGCUUUUGCUCUAUGUGGUUUUUCAAGCACACCGAAAGAGAAUGGCCAGAAAGCACAAGAUCAUAGUGACACUCAGACAGAUUCCAAACAGAACAUGGCUCAGAGAUUGGACAACACACCAGAUUUGCAGCUCGAUUUCUGUAUUAUGAAAACUUCUGAAGAACUUCUGAAAUGUGAUCAGAAUAAAAAUGUAGUGAAAAAGAAAGCAAAAAAAUCCCAGAAAAACACAAAAACUCCUGGAACAGUUGAUCCUUAUUUGUUUACAGAAACAGUGUCUCCAGUACAAUUGGAAAAUAGAGUUCAGCCUUUGCCAGAGAUUAAAGUCGAACCAGAGAAGCCAACAAAGGAAGUCAAAAACAAUUUAAACAAGCCAAGGCAACAACAAUCUAGCCCUAAGAAACACCCUUUUGUUUGGAAGACUAGUACCAAAAAUGUGAAUCUGGACCCCGAAGGGCAUCAUGAAAUGCCUGUUACUCAACAGCAAGUGUCGGAUUCCCUUGACAAGGAAAUGGUUUCAAUUAAAGUGGAUUGUUCCACUGAGCUAGAGGAACGGGAUUAUCUCAAAAGAAUUCAAAGAUCUCUUCAAAGGAAAGGAGUUGGCCGUCCCUAUAAAAAGAAGACGCUAAUUAAAAUGGCUAAACUACUGUCAGCUAUUCAGGAGACUUCAGGAAAUAUAACUAACCAAGAUCUACAGAAAGUCCCUCAAAGUGUUGUUUUUAAAGACUUAAUUAAGUCAAAAGAAACACGGACAGAUUCACUUAUGAACACCUCUAGAAAAUCAUGCCGUUCAUUGAAAAAUUGCUCCUAUUUGCCUGAAAACACAGGCAACUGUUCUAGUAAUAUGUCAUCUGAUCCCUGUGAGGGUCUUAGUAAUCUUGAGGAGUCAGAUCCCUUUCAUUCACAAACCACCACUGAUAGAGGAACUCUUACCCAUAACUGUAUUAUUUUUAGUGGAGAAAGGAAAAAAUCAGCAGGUCGUGGAAGACCAUCAAAGAAGCAGAGAAAAGAUACAGCAUUAAGGGCUCAAAUAACACAAACAGCUGCUUUAGAUGAAGCUCAAAAAGGAGAGCAGGUCUCAUCAGAACAACCAUCAAAGACAAAAAACAAAUCAAGAAAAUCUUCUGUAACAAUGAAACAUGAUCCAAAAUGCAAGAAAAACAUGUCCAUACCUCCUAUGGAAUGUGUUGUCUCACCCUGUCAAAACUCAAAUGUUGCCAGUGAAGAAAUUAAAUCUACAGCACCUGAAAGUUUGGUGACACAGAAGAUUGGCCGGCCUAAAAGAAAAAGAGUGUUAUUAAAAAAUGCCAUGAGCAGUAACUUAGAAAAACCACUUGAAGAAUGGAAUAUUUCCAGUCCAUCUGACACAGUAACUUUGCCACAGACUGUUCCCAGUCAUUCAAAGAGACAAGGCAAAAAGUCCAACAUGAAGUCAGCAAGCUUGCAGCUGUCAAAUUUAAGGCAUUCUAAAAGACUGGCAAAAGUCAAAGGGGUUCAAAAACCUGAUGUUAGCGCAGCAAACAACAAUAUCUCAUCACAUAGUCAAGCUGUGUGCCAAAGGGAUAUGAAGAAAGCCAAAAAAUCCACUAAGAGGCAAGGUGCCCCAAACCAAUCUAACUGCCAUGAACCUCUGCCUAAUCAGAGUAGCUGUGAUGUUACUGAUGAAAAACAUCAAAAUACAGACAGAGAUGGCAUAGGGGUUUCUGGAACAUCUCCUGGUCAUUAUCUAAAAAUAUCAGAGAACAAAGAAAUGCAGCUAGUGGCUCGUAUUCCUUCUGUAAAGAGGAAGCAAAAAUUCAACAGUGGGAUUAGUUCAAGCGCAGAGUCCCUGAGUAACCAUGCAAAAAAGAAAAAGAAAUGUGACCAGAAAAAAGCAAUAAAGCAACCAUCAAAUGUAGUCGCUGAGUGUGGAGAGAAAAGGGGUGUGAAGACAGGAUCCAGAAGUAAGAUCACAAAAUUUCAAACAGAUAUUGGCCAGGUAACAAGUAGAAAAACACUGGGUGAACAAUUGCAGCAGAAACCUACUGAACGUGACAAACUGUUAGAUCUUUCCGAAGGCUCACUUGAGACUGAAAUACAAAAAGACAUUCUUUUAAGAGAUGAUGAAAAGAGUUCAAUAAAAGAUUUUCAUGCUGAUGCUAGUAAGAUGCUACCGGAAUCACAGAAUGAAGGGGCUCACUUUGCUCUAUUGACAAACACUGUUACCAAGUUAAACAAUAAGAAUAUGAAAGGUAUAGCACACCGAAAAAAGUCAAGUUAUGAUCAGAGGAAGAAGGAGAAAGUUCUCAGCAUUAAGCCAAAUGAUGGUGAUGCUUUUGAAACGUCUCAGCAAUCUUCUGGUCUUAACACUCGAUUUCAUUCUGGCAAGAUUGACGAUGUAUGUUGUGACAAAAAAAUAAAGGAACAAGAAUUAGGAAAACUAAGUAAUGCGAGUCUCAAAGUGUCUGAUGAACACAAACACAUGUCAAAUGUAGAAGAUUUAGGGAGGGACAUUACACUGGAAGACUCACCUGGAGCAAAGAUUGUUAGCGAGGCUGUUUCACAUCAACGCUCUCAAGUUCUGACAGCUGAUGGAUUUACUCAGUACUGUGAUGAAGAUUACAUGGCAACACUAAACAAAGCUGAUGAGACUGCAAAGAGGGGAUCCUUAAAACAAAUAGCCAAAAAAACUAUCACUUGUAAAUACUGUGGUCGGAUCUUCCAUCAUAUCUCGGCAUACAUUGCUCAUAGACGUAUUCAUACAGGUGAAAAACCUUAUGGAUGUAAACACUGUGGAAAGAACUUUGCUCACCUCUCCAAAUUUAAAUCCCAUAAAAACGUUCAUGUGCAGCCAACGUCUCUGAAAUGUCCUUGCUGUGCUAAAAAAUUCUCUCAAAAAUAUGAUUUGGUAUCACACUUUAAGGUUCACUUACAGGAGUCCAGUAAUAAACCAAGCAAAAUUACCCAGUGUAAACCCAGUGUCCCAUCAGACAAUAACGACAGCCUUACUUCCAAAAUUUGUAACAACUAUCCCAACAAAUUUAUGUUGAAAAGCCAUAUGAAUGGCAGAGAGAACCUCCUGUCUUGUAAAGCCUGUGGAAAAACAUUUCGGAAGCUUUCGCACCUUGUAGCCCAUGAGAAAACACACUGGCCUGUUAAACCAUAUGCCUGCUCCAUUUGUGGUAAAGGGUUUAUUCGGCUCAAGGCACUGAAAAAUCACUCCCGGAAGCACACUGGUGAGACCCCUUUCUCCUGUUGUCACUGCAGUCAUGCUUUCUCUGACCUCUCUGCUCUGCGAGCACAUCAAGCAUCCAAAUUAUGUAUUGGUAAGCAGCAAUUAAAUGGGACCCACAGUGACAUUGAAGGCUUUCUAGUGAAUCAGGGAGUUGAUGGCCAAGUAAAUACACCAGUUUUCUUCAAAUGUCAGAUAUGCAAGCAACUCUAUCAGAAAUGGUGCCAGUAUACUCUCCACCUUCAGACCCACACCAAGUCUCCACCAUAUCUCUGUUUUUCUUGUGGGCAGAGUUAUGAUAAGGAUUCUGAAGUUAGUAUUCAUUGUAAGGUGUGCUGUCACUCAAGUGGGGAGGAGGUGUCAUGUGGUGCUUCUCUUACUGAUUUUCUGAAUGGUGACACCCAGAAAUGUACUUACUCUCAGUAUAAUUCACAGAUUAAUAGCUGUUCUUUACAGACUUCUAUAAUCAAAAACGGUUCUCAGUCAAGUGUCCUGCAGUCUGAGGAGAAGUCCCAGACGGAUGAUAAUUAUCUGCUAAGGACAGAACAUAUUACUUCUCAGCCUUGUCCUGCCCUGAAGGAUUCUUCUUUGCCUGAAACUCUACACCUGCCUGAUGAUGAUCAGUUCAUUAAUUCCAGUCCUCCAUCACCCUCACCGUCUGUGAUGAGCUGUGCGUCAUCAAACAACUCUUUGGAAUGCAUAGAAAUCUCACCAAGUCUCUGGAAAUUUGAGUGCCCACGUUGUGGUCAGAGAUAUGAGCGAUACAGGACUUUAUGUGCUCACAUGCAGACACAUGCACCUAGUUUUAGAUACGUUUGUGGACACUGUGGCCAGUCUUUUGAAAGGUGGAACAGACUUUGGUUGCACCAGCGUAUUCAUCGUGCGAAAAGUCGUUGCUAUUCUUGUUCUCAGUGUAACCUCCAGUUUAUGUUCUUCAGUUCAUACAAAGACCAUAUGAUUAGCCAUGCAGGAGAACGACCUUUUGCUUGCCCCCUCUGCCCCCAAACUUUUGUCCAUGAAGAUGCUCUUCAUGCUCACCAGUGUGCACUUCAUCAGCCAUCAUAUAGCUUACAGUGUGAUGUCUGUGCAAAGAGCUUUAGUAGUUUGAGAAACUUGGUUAAGCAUAGUCACCUCCACAAUGGUACUGUUUCACACCAGUGUCUCAAAUGCAAUCUCUCAUUUACAAAUAAAAAAGCCCUACAGGAACAUUUAAACAUGCACAAUAAUUCUCUUGGCCUCCCCCUCCCUGAUAUUCCAUCAGAGCCCUUUUCCUUUCCAUACACCUGCAAAAGAUGUAAGGCUAGCUUCUCCACUGGGGAUCUGCUCUAUGCUCAUCAGAUAUGUCAUUCCUCAGGUUCAAGGAGUCACGGUCGUUCUGCCCAUUCAAAUGGAUCUACCUCAUUAUUAGAUGGGAGCCUUCAUCCUUGCACAGAAUGUACAACUCCUCCUACACGCAGGUCUUUGAUAUCUACUCUGAACCUUGAUACCAUUCCAAGUGAUGAAAGUAUUUACACGUACCCCCACCCUGACAAGCUCUAUGUGAUACCCAGUCUAUCAACUGUAUGUCUCCAGGUCAUUAAUUUGGAUUCUGAGGAUGAAACACUGCAACAGACAUCAAGCAAUGGCCAUGUUUCUCCCAGCAUCAUGUCUAGAAGUGGUCUUCCAGGACAAAGCAUACCACACAGCACUGAAAUCUGUACAGAAACUGACACAACAGACCUACCUCAGGCUUCGGAAAGGCAAGAACCUUCUCCGAAUCCAUCUCUUCCCACUGAAUGUUUGCUAGCACUUGACACACAAACAAUAACCGAUAAUAUCCAGGCCAAAGCUCUUCUUAAUGAUCUUACUUGGACAGAUAAGUUUGUGCAAAUGAGUGUGUUUUUGGAGGGACCAACCACCUGUGUGAACACAGAUGAAAAGGGGGAGCAAGAAGAAAGCUUUGAAUGUGCAGACUGCUCCGAACGAUUCAGCCGACUUGAAGAGUUACAUGAACACUACUUUUUACAUGCAUUAGGGAAUAAAUGUCUAAACAUAAAUGAAAAAAUACUCAGAGAAAGGAGAAUGAAUAUAUGAGAAUGCAUGUUUCAUCAGGAUAAGCAACCUACUGUUUCAGACACUUUUUCAAAACACAGGUCAGACAUUUUUAUAUUUUUAUGAAUGGUGCAGUAUUAUGAAUGUUGAAAUUUAUUAUGACAUGUUAAAUUAAUGUUUCAAACUGCAUCUGUUAGUUUGACAAUGCCAUAUGCGUUAGGUAAAUAAAGGUUUUAUUCUUAUUUGUGGAAUUAUUUAAAUGUUAUCAGAUAUCACUACAGACCUUUUAUUGUGAUACUGGAAAUGUUUGUUAUCCACAAUCUAAAAAAUGUCCAGAUGAUUGGAGUUUUAUGUCCUUCAUUGAUGUCUAAUACCAGAAUGUAAAAAAAACAAAAAGCCCUGUUCAUUAUCUGAUUGAAUGCUAUAUGGUCUGAACUUGUGCCUUCAACACUUCAGCUUUAGUGCCAACCUGAUUUUAAACUUGGUACUGAAGAACUGGUCUACACAGAUGAACUGAUGUAUACAUUCAAACUGAUAUUACAGUAUACAUGGACCUGUAAAUAUUCUUACAAACCUGCACUGGAACUCUUUUCCUAAGAGUUCCUGUAUUAGAUUAGCUUUUCCCUUUACUUUGUUUAUUAUGGUUAAAUACUGUAUCAGUAAAAAGGUAACGAUAGCCAUUUAUAGAGAAUCGAAGAGUAGCAAAUGGUUUCUCCUGAGGUUAUGAGGGAAACUGGACACUAACUGCUUAUUAGUUUUUCUGUUUGUGUGUACUGUACAUCAAAGCUCUGACACUUUGACAUCUUCCCUUGAAAAUUCUUUAGAUUUAUUUUCUAAAACAAACUUUUUUUGAAAAGUUUAUUUUAAAAGUGCUUAAUAAAAACGUAGGAGUUACUUGGACCAUUUUGUUAAUUCAAUGGAAAGUCAAAUAGUGGUUUUUAUAUAAUACGAACCAUAAGAAUAUAAAGACUUUUCCCUCUGAACCAAUAGUUUUUUUUUUUAUUAGCAGAUGCUUUCUCAACAGAAAAGCAGUAAUACCAGUAUUUUAAAUAAUAAAUACCAGUAUUGUAUUUUAACCAAAUCUUUAAUGGCAAUAGAAAAGAAAAAAAUUCAGCAGUAAACAGGAAGCAACCACUACAGGGGAAAGAAAGAGAGAGAGAGCAUGAUGUGUAUAUCUGAGCUAUAGACUGCCAAUAUCUCAGUUAAAUUGAAUGCAUCCAGAGUUUAAAAAUGUUUAGGGCAUCCAUUCUUUAUAAAGCCUGUAACUAAACUUGUUCUCUGGGACAUUUAUGGGAAGGUCUCACUGCCCAGUUUAUUUGUUGGGCUUCUUUUUUUUCCUCCUUCACCCACCCAAAAUGUCUCAUCUAAGCAAUACCAGGUGGAUACAUCACUUUCUAGUGACAUUAUUUAUUUCUUCUUGUCCUCAUCUUUUUUGCCAUCUGGUUUGUUCCCACUCUGAGAAGCCAGAGAGCCCAUGGCA